AUGCUUCUAUCUAUCUAUCUAUCUAUCUAUCUAUCUAUCUAUCUAUCUAUCUAUCUAUCUCAGCCAUCAUUAUCUAUCUAUAAAUCUAUCUAUUUAUUUAUCUACCACAUUCUAUUCAUUAUCUAUCUAUAUAUCUCAUUCUAUUCAUUGUCUUUCUUUCUCUCUCUCUCUCUAUCCCCGAGACUUCGCAGCGGUUUUUUGGCCGGCCUGGGGGAGCAGGAAGCCUCCCUGAUUCGCGACUUUGACGCGCCCAGUCAAGUCGACCAAGCCCAGCAGCUGACGGGACUCAGCAGCAGUAGCAGCAGUUGCUCCACUCACUUCACUCCUCGCUACUGCCUUCCCUCUGUGACGCCAGCUCACUUCUGCAGCUUCCAGCUCACUCCUGCACCUUCCAGCACUCCUGCAACUUCCAGCUCACUCCUGCAGCACUCCUGCAGCUUCCAGCAGUCUCCAGCUCACUCCUACCGCUUCCAGCUCACUCCUGCAGUUUCCAGCUCACCCCAACAGCUUCUAGCGGCGCUCUACUGA